AAGAUUGCUAUAAAAAAAAAAAAAAGGAAUAAAAAUUAAUCAAAUUAUUUUAACUUACGCAUAAAUAAACAAAUAUUAACUAGAACGAAUUAACCGACGAUUUCAAGAGAUCAAGAGAUGAAUAAAACUUUUUUGCAUUAAUACCACAAGUAAAACAUUUUUCAAGUAAAAUAUUAAAAAGAACAAAAGCCAAAGGACUUUCUGAUAAAUCUUUUCCCCAAAAAGGAAUUUCAGUUUAUAAUAAGUGUUAUAAGUAAAUUAACAAAAGAAAAAAGAGGGAAAGAAAAGAAAAGGAAAGAAAUCUAAGAGAAAAUAGCGCAUAAAACAAAAUGCGUUUUACUUAUAAUCAAUAUAAUUAUUAUGAGUCCGGUUAUCGGAUUCCAUCAAAAAUGCAUAACAGCAACAACAGUAAUGGCGGUAAUAAUAACAGCAACAACAAUAACAAUAACAAUAGCAACAGCAACAACAACAGUAAUAACAACGGUAACAAUGCAAAUAGUUCGCUGUCUGUUGUGUAUCCACAUCAUCCCCACCAUCAUUAUAAAAAUAAUUUUGGCAUGCGUACGACAAUGUCAACUAUGUCGACAAUGAGUACAAGAAUACACCGCAAGGGCUUGCGUAUACCAUCAAAGAGGCAUCCGGGUAAAGCGUUUCCCGGCAAAUUGCAUUCAGUGUCCCGAGUUGGUCCUGGUAAACUUGUGCCUGGUAAACGCUUUCCACCCCGACCUCAUCCACCGCCUUGUGAUAAUUCGAAUGAUAGCGGUUUCGGUUUCGAUCAACAUGUAGAAAUACGUCAACAACAGUCACAAACAAGCGGUGCAACCAACAGCAGUCUAAAUACAAGUACAAAUUUAACACAUCCUGCUUCACACCUUCAUCAACAAAAUAAUAAUAAUAAUUCACAGCAACAACCAACACCGACAAAUAUAUCAACAGCAUUAUCAGUAACAUCAACAACCAGUACUGCGGCAGGGCGACCAGCAGUAACAGUAGCAUUACAACAACAUUCAUCACACCAUCAACAACAAUCACAACACCACCAACAACAACAACAACAGCAGCAUCAGCAGCAGCAGCAACAACAACAACAGCAACAACAGCAGCAGCAGCAGCAGCAGCAGCAACAGCAACAGCAACAUCAACAUUUGAUCAGAACUAUACCUGCCUCAAGAUCUAGAAGGCCAGCCAAAAGAUUACCAUUUUUAAAUGACGAUGAUAAUACAAAAAGUGAUACCGAUGAUGGCGAUGAGGAUGAAGAUUUUUGCACCGAUGAUUCUGAUGAUUAUUACGGGCAACGUCAACAGCAAAGUUACAAUGUGGCCGCAACGGCACCAGCGACUAAUAAUUUGCAUAUGUCGAUGACAACACAUUAUCACGGUAGCAUAAAACGUAAAAAGUUGGAAACUACACCAGUCGAAUUACUGGAUAAUGAUGAUGCUUGCAGCGAAGAUGCUUUUAUACGUAAAAUAGCCAGUGCUAGCGCUGAGCCGGUAGUUGAAACAAUAUUGGCCGUCGUGCCACCGGUUGCAGUGCCUGCUGCUAUCCCCAUUGUAACGUCUUCUACAAAAUUUAUGGGUCCCAGCUCUCGAGUCAUUAGUCGUGUUGCUCAUAAACGUCAAGUACUCACGCCACCAAACAGUGUUGCCACCUCUUCGGACGGUCGCAUACAAUUGGAAAUAGUUUCGCAACCUGAACAGCAACAUCGUGCUAGAUAUCAAACUGAGGGUAGCAGAGGUGCGGUUAAAGAUCGAAGCGGCAAUGGCUUCCCCAUUGUUCGUUUGAUUGGCUAUAAUAAACUGGCCGUUCUGCAAGUAUUUAUUGGUACCGAUAUUGGCCGUGUAGCUCCGCACAUGUUUUAUCAAGCCUGCAAGGUGGCCGGUAAAAAUUCCACCCAAUGCAAUGAGAAAAAAGUAGAUGGUACUGUGGUUAUUGAAAUUGAUUUUAAGCCCGAACAAGACAUGACCAUAACUUGUGAUUGCGUUGGAAUUUUAAAGGAACGCAACGUCGAUGUUGAACAUCGUUUUCCCGAUCAUCUUGCCCAGAAAAAUAAAAAAAAAUCAACUCGAUGCCGUAUGGUGUUCCGCACCCAGCUCACGUUAGACGAUGGAACUAUAGAAACAUUGCAAGUUUGCUCUAAUCCAAUUAUAUGCACACAACCACCUGGUGUUCCUGAAAUUUGUAAGAAAUCAUUAAAUUCUUGCCCAGUUGAUGGAGGUCUUGAGUUGUUUGUAAUUGGUAAAAACUUCCUAAAGGAUACGCAUGUGGUAUUUCAAGAACUAUAUGAUAGUAAUGGUAAUAAUCCUGUCGAUGACCUUAAAUGUGCUGAUAUUGCGGUAAUGCAUCAAUCAACAUUGAUAGGGCCGUGCUGGGAGCAGACAGUUAUGCCCGAUAAGGAAUAUCUUCAACAGACUCAUCUGAUUUGCACGGUGCCGCCGUAUAUUCAUCAGAAUAUUUUAAAACCGAUCACGGUCCAAUUAUUGAUAAUAUCGAGCGGCAAAAAAAGUGAACCUCAUACGUUUGUCUACACACCAAAAGGCAAUUAUACCGCGUUAGCGGCCUCAACUUGUCUUAGCAGUAGCGCAAGCAGUUUACACUGUGGCGGUUGUGGCGGUGGUAAUGGUAGCUUGUCGGCAACGACAACAGCACAAGGUUCUCAAUUUAUGGAUACUAGUGCAGCACCGCCUUUGCCUCUUCCCUCAACUGCCAAUGGUCCGCCCAAUACUUUAUGGUCAGUUACUGAAACUAAGCAUGAAAUUGAUGCUGAUAUAAUGCCGCCACCUAUUACCACACAAAUGCCAAUGGGUGUUAGACGCCCUUCGUUAAACAACUCGGUCGCCACUACUGCCCCACAGUCUAAUUUAAUUAGUGAUCAGCAAUUGGUUCAUUUGAAUGCCGUAACAGCUGAUGUUCUUAAGACGGAGUUAUUGGAUGAAAAUUCACAAAACUCCUUGGCCGAUGCCUUGCAUUCGCCCGAGGGAGCAGUAGUUACUUGUGGUGUAAGUGUAGGUGGGCCGCAAAGUCCUACUGCCUUGCGGUAUCAUGCCCGUUACGGUCGUAAAACCAGUAUUGAUGCCAUGAUAUAUGAAACAAACAGUAUGCAAAGUUUUCCUGUUACAAAUCCACCGACCACAGCAACGCCCAUGGAAGUGGCUGCUGUAGCGGCAGCUGUGGAAAUGGCAGAAAUUGCCAAAGCAGUUUCAGUAGCCAAAGUCGAUAAAUUUAUAACAGAUUUAACCAAAUCCACAAAUGUAGAAGAUACCCCACCCAACGUUACGGAGCCUUCUCUGUUCGACGUAGUACCAAAUACUGCAGCAGCUGUUAUCGAUCAUGCUCUAACUGAUAUAUUGCAGCAAGCGGCUGUCACCAGUGCUCCAGCAAAUACAGCAGCUACUGUUGUUUUAGAGCGUAAUCUAUCCAAUUCGUCGGGCUCAUCACCAUCGACAUCGGGCUCUCCGUUGACCGGUUCGUCUCCAACCAAUUCAUUGACUACUCACAAUUCACCAAUUACACAGGAUAUUAUACUCAAUUCAGAGCCAGCUGUUGCCUUAUCUGCUGCUUUACCCAUUCAGCAACUGUUGCCCGCUGGGCCAACCGGUACCACAAUUAGCGUUAAUAAUGAAGUUGGAGCAGCUACCGCAUCAGGCCUUACUACCGACAUCAUUAUGAAUCCCUCGGUGUCACCUUCAACGAUCCUUUGUUCAGAUAAUGGAGCUGCUACAGCUGUAGUGCCUAAUAUUAUGACACCCCAUCAAGUAACAAUGGCAAAUUCAAUACUCAACGAUAUCGCCAUGCAGCCCCAGCCUACACAGCAGGAUGCUGCUGUAGCAGCUUUGGCUAUUAGUAAUAUUAUUAUGACUUCACCUAGUGAAGUGAAUGGGAAUUCAGUGACGCCAACAGCAGCAAAUCUGCAACCCGAAGUGAGUUCAGCCACUUCUACGGCCGUUAGUAAUAUGAUCAUCAAGGCUGCUGCUGAUUUCAUUUCUAAUCAAGAACAGCAACAGCAACAAUCUCAGCAACAACAGCAACAAGCCCAAGCACCCAGUGCCACGCAGAUGCUGACUGGCCAAAGCGUAACUGCAGAUGCUCUAAAUCCUUUAAAUUUGCUCUUAAAUCACAGUAACGUAGGAUCGGCAACGCAGGCGGCCGUCAGUGCCAACAAUCCGGUAGCUGAAGUUGCGCCACCGUUUCCUUUAGCAAUGGCUACACCACCGCAAGAAUCUCUAAUCGUCGCACUGGCUACGGAAAAUGCUAUACAAAAUUCUGUAACGGCGGCAGCGAUUACUACAAACGGAGCAGUGGUUACGCAAGAAACAUCAGCACAAGCUGCAAAUUUACAUCCUGCAGCAGCUGCUGCUGUGGGAGCAGUGGCCGUGGCGGCGGCAGCCGCCAUACCACCAGCCAUACCGCAAGAAAUAACAACCAUGUCCGAUCAAGAUUUAAUUAGUUACAUUAAUCCCAGCACUUUCGAUCAAGUUUAAAUACAACUCGAUCGACGUAAUGAUACCAAGUAAUUGAGGAGGACCAAUUUUAUGAAAUAAUAAUAAGAAAAAAGAUGUUUAAGAAGAACAAAAAACAGAAAAUUUUUUUAAAUGAAUUUGAAAAAACAAAAAUUUAUAUCAUUGAGAGUUUUAAAACUUUUAAAGGUACAAACAAAUAAAAGUCUUUACAAUGUUUUUCCUUAUCUUAGAUUUAUACUCAAAACUCACGUUUGUCUAAUGAAUUGUUUUUGAAAAAAAAAACUAUGUAACCUUAUAAAAAAAACCAUCAAGAACAAAAAAAACAAAUUGCUGAGUUUUGACAUAAAUGCAAAGUGAAAUUAUUAUUAGGAAAAAAAAAAAAAAAAAUAACAAAACAAAACAAAACAUCUCAAAAUGUGUUUUAUGAUGACUGCCAUACAAAAAAAUUAAAAAAAAGGGUUUUUAUUUUAAGCUUAUAUGUAUAUCUAUAAAGAUACGUAUAUGGAUAUGUAUAACCGGUUUUAUAUAUCCGGAUAUUUAUACCCGGAUGUAUAUACUCGGAUAUAUAUAUCCGGAUAUCCGGUACGAAUGUACUUGUGUAUGUAUAUGUAUAUUUAUAUACACGCACAUGAAUGUAUAUUUAUUUAAAAAAGAUUCUAAAAUAUUUUAUCAAAUGAGAAAAACUUUUUUUUUUUUCUGUAAAAAUAAGCGGAGCAUGGAAAGCAUGUGCUUUAAAAGCAGCCUCGAAAUUAAAAAUAAUAAUAAUAAUAAAAAAAAAAGAAAAAAAAAAACUAAGAACAAAAUUUAUUAUUUUCUUGUCACGGACGAGAAAAAUCAUAGAUAAUAGCUAUUAAUUUUUCUAUAAUUGUUAUAAGUGUGCUUGUGCUUUUGUAAGUGUGUGCUAAUAAUGUCGGGUUUUAUUUUCAUAUAUAUGUACUGUAUUCUUUUUUUACAUUAAUUUUUAUUUUUUAGUCUGUCAGUUACUUGCUUUAAGCAUAAAAUAAUCUUAAAAAAUAUUUUAAAUACUUUCUUUUUUUAUUACAUUAUCUCUCAGUUUGUCAUCUAUGCUCCAAAGUCAGUGUCAUAAUGU